CUCACUUAGGUCUGUCACCAUCAUCCCACGCCUUGGACCUCGCUGCCAGCUCUCUCGCGCGUCUCAGUGCCAAAGUGCUUACUCUGCUAACAAAAAUCGCUGACGCCGUCCUCAAAUCGCUGCGCAAGCGCAAGCGAGCAUGCUGGGCCGGUGGCAACUCAUCCACAUCACUCAGCAGAGAUACACGCGCAGCAGAGAUACACGCGCGCAUUGCACCCCAGCCAUCAUCACGCCGUCGUCGCGUCGCAGGUGCAUCAAUCAUGGCCAAGCUCGUGCUCGCGCUCGCGCUCGCGCCGGCCGCGGCGUUCGCCCCGACGGCCGCGCCCCGAACCACCACGCAGCUCCACGCGCGCCAGCCGAUCAUAGCGGGCAACUGGAAGCUGAACCCGUCGUCGAUCCAGGAGGCCGACGGCCUCGCGAAGGGCGUCGCUUCCUUGUUAGGAGACGAGACGUGCGCGUCGUCGUCGGCCGCGGACUGCACGGAGGUCGUCGUGUUCCCCCCGUUCCCCUUCAUCUCGUCUGUGGUGGACGACCUCGCGGGUGUGGGGGUCGGCGUCGGCGCCCAGUCUAUAUUUCACACGGCGGAAUCCGGCGCGUACACGGGCGCCGUGAGCGCGUCGAUGGUGACGAGCUUAGGCUGCCAGUACGUGCUCUGCGGCCACUCGGAACGGCGCACGGUCUUCAAGGACGACGACGAGGCCAUCAACAAGAAGGUCCUGAAGGUCAUCGAGGACGGCAUGCGGCCCGUGUUGUGUAUCGGCGAGACGGAGGAGGAGUACGACGCGGGCCUGUGUGCCGACGUCUGCAAGCUGCAGCUCGCCAAGGACCUCGCGGGCGUGUCGGCGGCGGCCAUGAAGGACGUCGUGAUCGCGUACGAGCCCGUCUGGGCCAUCGGCACGGGCAAGGUCUGCCCCUGCGACGUGGCGCAGACGGUCCACAAGACGAUCCGCGACUACUUAGCCGAGUUGUAUGAUCGGUCGACGGCGGACGCCGUGCGCAUCCAGUACGGCGGCUCCGUGACGCCCGAGUCCGUCGACGAGCUCAUGGCGCAGCCGGACAUCGACGGCUGCUUGGUUGGAGGCGCUUCCUUAGUCGCGGAAAAGUUUGCCAGAAUCUGCAACUUCGUCCGCAAGUGAGCGCGUAAGGUUUAGACACAAUUGA